AUGAAUUCUCUCUAUCAUAACCCCUCGCUAGCUUGUCACAUCCCGGGCAGUCAAGACCUCUUACCCAACUCUUUCGACCCAGUUCGGCACUUCAGCGCCUACGGAGCCACGGUGUCUCAGAACAGGAUCUACCCGAAUCCCUACUACCCGCCGGCGCAGGAGAGCCCGUGGCCGAGCCGACCGUCUUUCGAUUAUACUUUGUAUCAAGAGAAAGAUCUCUCCCAGCCUUCCUCCUCGUCCUCCUCCUCCUCCGCUGCCGCUGCUGCUGCCGGCGCAUGUAGGCAAAUUUCGGAAAACUCCCGGGCAGACGGUCCCAAGCAAUGCUUUCGGAUUUACCCAUGGAUGCAACGAGUCAACUCACACAGCGGUGUGGGCUACGGCUCGGAGCGCAGGAGAGGCCGCCAGAUUUACUCGCGGUAUCAGACCCUGGAACUGGAGAAGGAAUUCCACUUCAGCCGUUAUCUGACGCGCCGCAGGCGGAUCGAGAUCGCCGGCGCCCUGUGCCUGACGGAGCGUCAGAUUAAAAUCUGGUUCCAGAACCGGCGUAUGAAGUGGAAGAAGGGGGGCAACAGCGAGCGGCCGGCGGCGACCGCCGAAGCACAGGAGCCGGCAGGGGAAAAUGACCAGGACAAGGAGAAGCGGCCCGCCGAGCAGGAGGCGACUGAUCUAGCCGCCAAACCUGGCGAUCUUUCCCAGUGAAACCCCCGCCCCACCAGUUUGUGGUAUCCCGAUCACACACAUUCGUAGUUUACCAGAACGUCGGUGGCGUGAGAGAGAGAGAGAGAG